AUGACGAGUGUCGACGGGGCUGGUUUGGUUCCUGGUGGCAGGGGAGGGUAUCCUAGGCCUAUUGGUUCUGGAUCAAAGUUGAGAUGCCGCGCUUCUUCUCGAACGAUCAUGAGCAGCGAUGAGAUGAAGGUCCUGCUGCGCGCCACGCGGCGCGGGAGCGAGGGGAGGCUCUACUGGCAGGGCAAGCUGGUGGUGGUGGUGCGGAUGAUCUGGUUCAUCAUCAAGCUGCAGGCACGGUGUCUGAUGGUCGAUGUUGGUCGUGCUUGUCCCGAGCACUGCCCCACGGCAGACGCUUUUAGCGUCGUUGCCGCGGCGCUUAAAACGCUGUCUUGUUGCGUCUUCGGUGUGAAACCUUACGAUCUGGAAGAUUGCCGGGAAAGGAUGAGAACGACCCGUGGGACACAGCCGAGCAGUCAAGCCGUACAGGACAGGGCAGCGCAGGGCAGACCAGGCAUGGGUGAGGGAGUGAGCACGGUGGCACAUCUCAACCUGUACCCCGGCGAUGGCGAUGGCGAUGGGGGUGUCGUGAUAGUGCUGUUGUCUGCACAUGGCAGGUCGAGCUUUGGCCUGUUUGCUAUUUGCGCACGUCGUGGAGAUGGAGGAGGCAGGGAGCUCUGCACCCAGGAACCCCGGGGUGCUAGGGGCCCCAAGCCCAGGGCACCACCGCUGGCACCACCGCUGGCACCACCGCUGGCACCCGCCCAGGGACCCCGACAGUCUGGGUGGUCGCGCUGUAGGUGUCUCACCACGAGAAGCUCAGAGACAAGAGACUUCUGGCACCUUUCCGAGGCGGGGUUAGCCUGCGGGACACCGAGACCAAGCUACAGUGCUGGCGUGUCGACGGUGACGGCGGGCACGGUAUGCCUGUCUUACGAAGAGGCGUCAUGUCACAGUGCGCACGAGGCGAACAGCCAGCAGCUGCUCACAGUUGGCGAUCCCCACCCCGGCCACGCCCGUUUCAUUCGCGCAGCACCUUGCACCUUGCACCUGGGCCGCACCCUUCUUCGCCCAUUCCACCCCCGCUGUCCCGCUGCCCACUGCCCACUGUCCGCCGCACCCGCCCUUCUUCUUCCCUUCCAUCUUUCUCUCUGCCUGAUGCUUCCAACAACCAUCACGUCUAUUAUUAGCAUCACCUUCAGCCCCAUCGACUGCUGCAAGACAGAACACCAAGUCCACCGAGAGCUUGUCCCAUGUCCGCUGUCGAGAUCGACAAAGCCGCACGAGCUUUCCGUUCUUUGCUCCGUUGACGUUGCUGUCUUCAUCCUCGGCAACAACAAGAAGCUGUACGAGUACUCGUCGACUGACAUGCGCGAAAUGAUCACCCGUUACACAUAUCAUGGUGGACCAACCGAGCACAAGGGUCCUUCAGACUUCAACGGCGGCAACGACGAGGAGGAAGAGGAAGACGACAACGGCACCCCGCCGAUCCGCGAGUCCAUGGAGCCCCAGAUGCUGCCGCCGCACUUCCAAGGCCAGCCGGGCUUCCCCCACAUGAGGCAUCACGAGCCAUCAGCCUCACCGCCCAUCAACGGCAUGCACUUUCAGCAACACCCUGGCCAGCCCGGACCUCGCAGCCACACACCCCAACCCCAGAUGGGAUCUCGCCCUGCCUCCAGACAAGACAUUCGCCGGAUAGGACAGCAGCAGCAACCACCUCCUCCCCCUCAGCAACAGCCUGUCAACGGCUUUGCCUUUAUGCCCAAUCCCGCCAUCUACACUCCGCAGAACCAACAGAACAUGCAGCAGCACGGCAUGCCUCAGCAAGGACCUCAGUACCCGGCCUAUCCCCCAAACCACCAGCAGCAGCCACAUCAGCAGCAUCAACAGCAACAGCAGCAACAGCAGCAACACAUACAAUACCUAGAGGACCAGCGGCGAGCCUCGAUGCCGCCAGCGUACCCGCAGAACCCGCAGGGCCCUCAAGUUUCACGGAUCUCGCCUUCACCUCCGCAGCCACACGCGCAGAAGCUGCCACAGCAGCACCAGCAGCAUCUUGCUUCUUUCGCUGCAGCGGAUUCGUCGGCCUCCAAGUCGGACGCCGGCGUCAAGAUCGAAAGUGUCAACCGGUCUCAGUCGGUAGAUGUUGGCGCGGUUUCGAGGACAAACGGCCACACCAGCUCGCCUCCGCUCCCUCAACAAUCCGACGCCCAAGGACCGGGCAAGGGACGCAAUGUGUCCAUUGCGGCUAUUCCCGAAACCACUUUUACGCCUCCAUCGCGAUCCAACAGCAUGAAGCUUGGCAGCCUUGGCGGCGGUGGAGGGGCGCGGCCUCGCCUUCGAGUCGAAAUCCCCGACGAACCGUCUGACGAGCAACAGACUGCCACUGGUGCUUCCGAGACGCAGUCGCCACGGACGCAAGCUGAUCCUGCCGCAACACAAGCGGCCCGGCGGCCAGAAGGCCAGGCCUCCAACAACAUGGUCCUUCCACCGCCCUCCCCUUCUGCAUCGGCCUUGCUCUCCGCGGGUGCAACAGGCCCGCCGAAUCCGUUCGCGCGACCGGCGCCGCAGCAAAAUAACAACAUGAACAUUGACACACCGGUCUCCGCCCUCCCGUCCCGGUUCCUCAACAACGAGUUCUUGCCCAGCCCAAGCAGCUUCGACACGUACUGGUAUCAGCGCGGCGGCAACGACAGCAACACGUUACCGAGUCCGCUAAACUUUGCGACUCCCGUGGUGGGACAGGGCCCCAGUUUCCUGCGAGAGGACAACCCGCCGAUCGCAAAGCGCAAAACGCCUGAAAUCGGCAGCGGCGAAAGCGCAGACACGGGCGGUGACGCAAAACGCCCCAAGGUCGAGUCCUAA